UAUCAUUCCAUAAACCUCUACCUGCUUCUUCAUUUUUGUUUCUUCCUUUCUUUCCAUUUCCCAUCUGGGUUUACUUUUCCAGGAAGUUUUGUGUCCAUGGGGCAGGAAACCAAGAAGCUUUCCGACGAAUACGAAGUCACGGACAUUCUCGGAAGAGGAGGAUUCUCAGUCGUCAGAAGAGGAGUAAGAAAAAUAAGUGGUGAAAAAAAUACUGUAGCCAUCAAAACACUCAAAAGAGUUUCCCAAUCUACUCCAUAUGCAAUUCCAGGCGGCCGCGGCCGUGAGAAAAGCUUAGCUUCAAUCGGUUUCUUGGCCCGGAAGCAAGCCUCAAUUUCGGAUGCUUUACUGACAAACGAGAUCCUGGUGAUGAGAAAAAUCGUUGAAAACGUUUCGCCGCAUCCGAAUGUUAUAGACCUCUACGAUGUGUAUGAGGAUCAAAGUGGAGUUCAUUUGGUCCUGGAACUUUGCUCCGGGGGGGAAUUGUUUGACAGGAUUGUGGCUCAGGAAAGGUAUUCGGAGGCUGGAGCCGCGGCGGUGGUGAGGCAGAUUGCGGAGGGGUUGUGGGCGCUACACAAGGCGAAUAUUGUGCACAGGGAUUUGAAGCCUGAGAAUUGUUUGUUCUUGAGUAAAGAUGAGGAUUCUCCAUUGAAGAUUAUGGAUUUUGGAUUGAGUUCUGUGGAGGGUUUUACUGAUCCUGUUGUUGGGUUGUUUGGUUCUAUUGAUUAUGUUUCUCCGGAGGCUCUGGCUCAGGAUAGAGUUACUUCCAAGAGUGACAUGUGGUCUUUGGGAGUGAUUUUGUAUAUCUUACUUUCAGGGUAUCCACCUUUCAUUGCACAGUCAAAUAGGCAAAAGCAACAAAUGAUAAUGGCCGGAGACUUCAGUUUCUAUGAGAAGACUUGGAAAAACAUUUCUUCAUCAGCAAAGCAAUUGAUUACAAGUCUCUUGACAGUUGAUCCUCACAGAAGGCCUAGUGCUCAAGAGCUCCUGAACCAUCCAUGGGUGAUUGGUGAUUCCGCAAAGGAGGAGCAAAUGGAUGCAGAAAUUGUUUCACGACUGCAGAGUUUCAAUGCUCGUCGCAAGCUUCGUGCUGCAGCAAUAGCCAGUGUGUUGAGCUGCACAUUUUUCUUGAGAACAAAGAAGCUGAAAACUUUGUUAGGUUCCCAUGACCUUACAGAGGAGGAGAUUGAGAAUCUCCGGGUACAUUUUAAGAAAAUAUGUGCAAAUGGUGACAAUGCUACUCUAACUGAAUUUGAGGAGGUGCUGAAAGCAAUGAAUAUGUCAUCACUAGUACCUCUAGCACCACGUAUCUUUGACCUGUUCGAUAACAAUCGUGAUGGAACAGUUGACAUGAGAGAGAUACUGUGUGGAUUUUCCAGCCUCAGGAAUUCUCGAGGAGACGAUGCUCUUCGUCUGUGCUUCCAGAUGUAUGAUACAGAUCGAUCAGGAUGCAUCACAAAGGAAGAAGUAGCAUCCAUGCUUAGAGCUUUGCCCGAUGAUUGUCUUCCAGCUGAUAUUACGGAGCCUGGAAAACUGGAUGAGAUAUUUGACCUGAUGGAUGCCAAUAGUGAUGGAAAAGUCACAUUCGACGAGUUCAAAGCUGCCAUGCAGAGAGACAGCUUGCUCCAAGAUGCUGUGCUUUCCUCUCUUCGCCAGCAAUAGUUUUUCAUUCACCAUUAUCUUUCUAAUAAAGUUCUUGUUUUUUAUUCCUUUUUUUUCUUCUUCUUAAAUUAUCUUUCUUCUAGGAUUUAUGCUACAUGCAUAGAAACUGGUGGCCAGGAGAGGUUAAACGGUAAUUUAUUCAAGUUUAUUUGAGUUUGGAUACAA